AUGGCAAAAAAUGUGUCAAGGAGAUGACAAGAAUGAGUGCACUGCAAGCAGGGAAAAUUUCACUGAAAUAUCAGUUAUUAAUGUUCAACUAAGAAUGUUUAACAGAAAGGAAAUAUACACAUGCCUGGAGGGUGAAAAAAGUUUCAGGCAGAGAGUGCACCAUGCUUCUCACCAAAAUAUUCACGCAGGGAAGAAACCAUAUAAAUGCCUGGAGUGUGCGAAAAGCUUCAGUAGCAGUUCACACCUUUGUGUCCAUCAGAGAAUUCACACAGGGGAGAAACCAUAUAACUGCCUGGAGUGUGGGAAAAGCUUCAGUCAGAGUUCCAGUCUGACUUUCCAUCAAAGAAUUCACACAGGGGAGAAACCAUAUAAAUGCCUGGACUGUGGAAAAAGCUUCCGUUGCAGUUCACACCUUUGUAUUCAUCAGACAAUUCACACAGGGGAGAAACCAUAUACAUGCCUGGAAUGUGGGAAAAGCUUCAGGCAGAGUGCAAGCCUUAUUUCCCACAAAAGGACGCACACGGGGGAGAAACCAUAUAAAUGCCUGGAGUGUGGAAGAAGCUUCAGUCACAGUGGAAGCCUUACUACCCGUCAAAGAAUUCACAUAGGGGAGAAACCAUACAAAUGUUUGGAGUGUGGGAAAGGCUUCAGUGAGCGUGGAAAACUUACUUCCCAUAGAAGAAUUCACACAGGGGAGAAACCAUAUAAAUGCCUGGAGGGUGGAAAAAGCUUCAGGGAGAGUGCAUACCUUAAUUCCCACCAAAGGAUACACACAGGGGAGAAGCCAUAUAAAUGCCUGGAGUGUGGGAAAAGCUACACUGACAGUUCCAGUCUUACCUCCCAUCAAAGAAUUCACACAGGGGAGAAACCAUAUAAAUGCCUGGAGUGUGGGAAAAGCUUUACUGACAGUUCCACUCUUACUUCCCAUCGAAGAAUUCAUUCAGGGGAGAAACCAUAUGAAUGCCUGCAGUGUGGAAAAAAGUUCAGUCAGAGUGCACACCUGACUUCCCAUCAAAGGAUGCACAUAGGGGAUAAGCCAUAUAAAUGCCUAGAGUGUGGGAAAAGUUUUGGAAGAAAAGAUAAUCUCAUCUCCCAUCAAAGAAUUCACACAGGGGAAAAACCAUUCAAAUGCCUGGAGUGUGGGAAAGGCUUCAGCCAGAGUUCCAGUCUUACUUUGCAUCGAAGAAUUCACACAGGUGAGAAACCAUAUAAAUGCCUGGAGUGUGGGAAAAGCUUCAGUCGAAGUGAUGUUCUUAGUCUGCAUCAAAAAAUUCACACUGGAGAGAAACCAUAUAAAUGCCUAGAGUGUGGGAAAAGCUUCAGUCACACUGGAGGCCUUACUUCCCAUCAAAGAAUUCACAAAGGGGAGAAAGCAUAUCAAUACCUCUAGUGUGGGAACAGGUUCAGUCAUAGUGCAUGCCUUACUUUCCACUGAAGGACACACAUGGGAGAAGAAAUAUAAAUGCCUGGAGUGGAAAGUUUAUGUUGGAAUAAUCAGCUUACUUACCACCAAAAAAUUCACACAGGGAAGAAACCAUAGAAAUGCCUGGAGUGUGGGAAAAGGUUCUGUCAGAGGGCACACCUUACUUCCCACCAGAAGUGGAGAGAAAAUCUGCCACAUAUUCAUGAUUUUAAUGAUAUUUAUGAAUAUUUAUGCAUUAUGUAGCUUUAUAGCCUUUGUAAAGUUCAAUUCCUGGGCAGGAAAAGUACCAAAAGUUCAGAACCGCCUCUCAGCCUUGACAGUUUAUUAGUAUAACUGAAGAAAUAGGAGAUCUGUUGCUCGGGAAUUGUGAACAGCUGCUGUCUUGAGUCUUAUAAACUUGAUUUGAAAAUUUAAUGGCAGUUAUCGAGAUGUAUUCUAGUCCAACUAUAGUUACUCCUUUGCACAAUUACUUUAGGGUCCAAUUGUUAACUUUGGAGGGCAAUCACAUCUUCAAGUUCAAAAGUUUUAUUUCUCUUCCUCUGACACCUCCAUCAAACCUGUCGCAUAAGGGUCUGAUCAGGCUUUCCACUGGUGAUGUCCAAUCAGAACAAGACCUUCUGUUGAGUGAGCAUAUCACGUGUGCCGGGCUUCCCAUUGUACAUAGCCUCCUGCCUCUCAGCGUAAAAACUGACUUGCCUGAAUCUUAGAGAAUUGUAAUGCUUCUGUAUUUAGCUAAAUUUGAGAGCUGUCACUAGACCCGAUUUUUUAUUGCAUGCGUUUCUCUGUACUUGUAAUGAUUAACUUUCACCUGUUUGUCAAAUCCUUGCUCAAUACAAAGA